AUAUAUAUAUAUAUAUAAGCAAAUUAAACCACACAAUCCUGCAAAGAGAAAUGGCGAGCAACAAGUCCAGGGGAGACGAACGCGCUGGAGCGGAGAUCGUGCACGGAGCCGAAGAAUGCUACCGGCACUCGCUGGAGCUCCUUCGGGAACUGGAGUUUCCGACGGGCGUUCUGCCGCUCAAAGACCUGGAAGAGUGCGGCCGAGUUCGCGAGACUGGGUUCGUGUGGAUGAAGCAGAAGGCUCCUUACGAGCACUUCUUCGAGGGGACGAACACGAAGGUGAGCUAUGCCCUGGAGGUGACUGGCUAUGUGGAGAAGAGGAGGAUGAAGAAGAUGACCGGCGUGAAGAGCAGGCAGCUGAUGCUGUGGGUGCCCAUCGUGGAGAUGAGCAUCGAGGAGCAGACUGCCGGUAAGAUUCACUUCAAGACGCCGAUGGGAAUCGGGAAGUCGUUUCCGAUCACCGCUUUCAUGACCCAGGAGGAAAAGCACAGGUACUUGGAUCAGAUGGCUGAUGAAUGAAAGAGAAUAGAGAGAGAAGGAAGAGAUCCGGGUGUCCCUUGAAGUAUCUUUCAAAAUUGGCCUUAUAAUUAAGAAAAAAAGAAUGAGAGGGAUCUUAAAUUGCAGUUUGUUUCUGUUGUUCAGCUACUUAUAAUUAAGCUUCAAAGAUUGUUCUUCAUCCUACUUAUGGUUUCUUUUAAUUAAUCCUACCCAUUUGGAUCA